UGUCGCGCUCGGAGGAGCUCGGCAACCACUCGGCCUCCCCCAUCCCCCGGUAACGGUCGCUGGUGAGUUUAAAUGAGCCGGGGCUGGCCGGGCCGGAGCCGCUACGGGGGGGGGCCUGAGGCACUGCAGAAAGUGGGCCUGAGCCUCAAGGAUGACGGUGCUGCAGGAACCUGUCCAGGCUGCUAUAUGGCAAGCACUGAACCACUAUGCUUAUCGAGACGCCGUUUUCCUCGCAGAACGACUGUACGCAGAAGUACAUUCAGAAGAAGCCUUGUUUUUACUGGCAACUUGUUACUACCGCUCAGGAAAGGCAUAUAAAGCAUAUAGACUCUUAAAAGGACACAGUUGUACCACCCCACAGUGUAAAUACCUGCUUGCAAAAUGUUGUGUUGACCUCAGCAAGCUUGCAGAAGGGGAACAAAUCUUAUCUGGUGGAGUGUUUAAUAAGCAAAAAAGCCAUGAUGAUAUUGUCACUGAGUUUGGUGAUUCAGCUUGCUUUACUCUUUCGUUGUUGGGACAUGUAUAUUGCAAGACAGACCGGCUUGCCAAAGGAUCAGAAUGUUACCAAAAGAGCCUUAGUUUAAACCCUUUUCUCUGGUCUCCCUUUGAAUCAUUAUGUGAAAUAGGUGAAAAGCCAGAUCCUGACCAAACAUUUAAAUUGACGUCUCUACAGAAUUUCAGCAGCUGUCUGCCCAACACUUGCACAACUCUAGUAUCUAAUCACAGCUUAUCUCACAGACAGCCUGAGACAGUCCUCACAGAAACACCCCAGGACACAAUUGAAUUAAACAGACUGAACUUAGAAUCUUCCAAUUCAAAGUACUCCUUGAAUACAGAUUCCUCCGUGUCUUACAUUGAUUCAGCUGUAAUUUCACCAGAUAAUGGCCCCCUUGGAAUGGGUACUUCCAUAUUAUCUAAACAGGUUCAAAAUAAACCAAAAACUGGUCGAAGUUUAUUAGGAGGACCAACUGCUCUUAGCCCAUUAACCCCAAGUUUUGGGAUUUUGCCAUUAGAAACCCCAAGUCCUGGAGACGGAUCCUAUUUACAAAACUACACUAAUACACCUUCUGUAAUUGACGUGCCACCCACCGGAGCCCCUACAAAAAAGUCUGUUGCCAGAAUGGGCCAAACUGGAACAAAGUCUGUCUUCUCACAGAGUGGAAAUAGUCGAGAGGUCACUCCAAUUCUUGUCGCACAAACACAAAGUUCUGGCCCACAAACAAGUACAACACCUCAGGUAUUGAGCCCCACUAUCACAUCUCCCCCAAAUGCGUUGCCUCGAAGAAGUUCCCGCCUCUUCACUAGUGACAGCUCUACAACCAAGGAGAAUAGCAAAAAGUUAAAAAUGAAGUUUCCACCUAAAAUCCCAAACAGAAAAACAAAAAGUAAAACUAAUAAAGGAGGACUGUCCCAACCCAACAUCAAUGACAGUCUGGAGAUUACAAAGUUGGACUCUUCUAUCAUUUCAGAAGGGAGAAUAUCUACAAUCGCACCUCAGAUCCAGGCAUUUAACCUCCAAAAAGCAGCUGCAGAAGGUUUGAUGAGUCUUCUUCGUGAAAUGGGAAAAGGUUAUUUAGCUUUGUGUUCAUACAACUGCAAAGAAGCUAUAAAUAUUUUGAGCCACCUACCUUCUCACCACUACAGUACUGGUUGGGUAUUGUGCCAAAUUGGACGGGCUUAUUUUGAACUUUCAGAAUACAUGCAGGCCGAAAGAGUAUUCUCGGAAGUCAGAAGGAUUGAGAACUACAGAGUUGAAGGCCUGGAGAUCUACUCCACAACACUUUGGCACCUUCAGAAAGAUGUUGCUCUUUCAGUUCUGUCAAAAGAUUUAACAGACAUGGAUAAGAAUUCACCAGAGGCCUGGUGUGCUGCGGGGAAUUGUUUCAGUCUGCAACGGGAACAUGAUAUUGCAAUUAAAUUCUUCCAAAGAGCUAUCCAGGUUGAUCCAAAUUACGCUUACGCCUAUACUCUAUUAGGACAUGAAUUUGUGUUAACGGAAGAACUAGACAAAGCAUUAGCAUGUUUUCGAAAUGCUAUAAGAGUAAACCCCAGACAUUAUAAUGCGUGGUAUGGUUUAGGAAUGAUUUAUUACAAGCAGGAGAAAUUCAGCCUCGCAGAAAUGCACUUCCAGAAAGCACUUGAUAUCAACCCUCAGAGCAAAAUUUGUCUAGUUCUUGUCUUAAUUGGUCCACAUUUAAUAGGAAACCAGACAGCAAUUUUGCUGUUACCCCAGAAUUGGCAACCAUAA